AUGGAUCAAUCGUCGAAGACAUACAAAGACACGUUUGCAUUUGAAAUGAACGUGCUCACAAAGCUCAUGGAUACGAAAGACGUGGACAAUAAGCGAACUCUCCUGCAUUACAUGGUCGAGUCGAUGCGGAAGUUUGACUCUAAAAACGCAAGGUUUACGCAUGAAGAUUUUUACCACUGCAUUGCUGCAGCACGUGUGAAUGCCGAUGAAUUAACAAAAGGAGUGACAAACCUUCGACAGAAUGUGACCAAGCUAGAGAACUGCUUACGAACUUAUAAGAAACAAGGCGAAGAAGACAAGUUCAUAGACGUGAUGACUCCAUUCCUCACGAAAGCUCAGGGCGAAUUAGAUACAAUAGAGACGAUGCAUCGUAAAAUGAAAUCCGAUUGGGAGAGUUUCACGAAGUUUUACGCUUUUGACGAGAAAAAGUACCCAUUGGAGCAGUUUUUCGCUGAUAUGAAGACAUUCAAAGAGCAGUACGAGGGCGUUUAUCGUGAAUUAGAAAUGGAGAAAUUGAAAGAGGAGAAGGAACGAGAAGAUUCGAAGAAGAAAAAACGACCCAAAGCCUUGCCGCCCAUUCAAAACCCAGACUGCUCGAGUCGGCUGGCCUUACUGGACUCCAGACAGCUAUGGAUUCUCCUGGUGUACUCGACGAGCUCGAUAAGAUGA